CUUGGGUCCAAAAGUUCGUAACACUCGUACCGCCUCUCUCUCCUUCUCUCCCUCUCUGCUUCUUCUUCAAUUCUCUCUCUUUUGGCGGCACGGCGGUGAGUGAUCGGCUGCGGCAGGGAAAUAGACUGUAUAGUGUUUCUCUGCAAGAGCCGCCAUGGGAGGCUCGCGAGCUCAAGUAAACAAGCCCCACAAGACGCGCUUUGCCUCCAAAUCUUCGCGUAAUCUCCACAAAACUUCAGAUAAGAGUAGGAUUGGUAAAUCAGAGCACAAUGUUGCCAAGGGAGCUCGGGCAGCUCGAGUUCAACGUAACAAGAUGUUAAGAGAACAGAAGCGGGCAGCUCUUUUGAAAGAGAAGAGGGCUUCAAGUGGAUCAGCAAGUGCUCCCCGUGUGAUUGUUUUGUUCGGGCUUUCUGCUGAUGUAAACCUAAAUUCACUUGCCGAGGACCUUCUUUCUUUGUUAUCUCCACAAGGUUAUGAUGCCACCUUGCCAACAGUUGCUUCUGUUGAAUACAAACUGAGAACAACGGUAUUGAAAGCACCUCAUGGGGAUCUGCUAUCAUGCUUGGAAAUGGCCAAGGUUGCUGAUCUCAUUGCUUUUGUGGCUUCAGCGAGCUCUUCAUGUGAAGGAAGCACAUCUGACUACAUUGACUCAUUUGGAAGUCACUGUCUUUCUGUCUUUAGGUCCCUUGGUUUACCGAGCACUGCUGUGCUAAUUCGUGAUCUGCCUACUGACAUGAAAAGAAGACAUGAUUCAAAGAAAACGUGUACUUCUAGUCUUGCUUCUGAAUUUCCCGAGGAUUGUAAAUUUUAUCCAGCUGACACAAAGGAUGAGUUGCACAAGUUCAUGUGGCUCUUUAAGGAGCAAAGGCUCUCAGUUCCUCACUGGCGAAGUCAACGGCCUUACCUGAUUUCUCAGAAGGUUGAUAUGGUAGCAGAUGAUUUCAAUUCGGGAAAUUGUACCCUUCUCCUUACUGGAUAUCUGCGUGCUCGCAGUCUUUCUGUGAAUCAACUGGUUCAUGUUUCUGGUGUGGGAGAUUUCCAGUUGUCCAAAAUGGAAAUUCUCAAGGAUCCAUUUCCUUUGAAUGCAAGAAAAGAGCAGGAUUUCAUGGAUUCAGAUGAAGUGUGUGAUGUAGAGGUCCUCCGUUCUUUGGUUCCCGAUCCUAUGAGGCAGGAGCUGUUACUAGUUGAGAAUGUUCCCGAUCCCCUGGCAGGUGAACAGACAUGGCCAACAGAGGCAGAAAUGGCUGAGGCUGAAAAAAGUCAGAAACAAAAAAAGAAGAAAAAGAGGACACUUCCUCGAGGCACUUCAGAAUACCAGGCUGCUUGGAUUGUGGAUGGUACAGAUGAAGAGGGAUCAAGUACUGAUGAGGAUGAGGAAGCGGAUGGUAUGGUAUUGGAUGAGGGGGACAUUGGUUAUCCUGGUCAAGAGGGCACUAAGUAUUCGGAUCUCAGUGAUGACCAAGCGUCUUUAAGCUUUGGGAACUCUGAUGGAGAAACUGAUGUUGAUUCAGUAAUGAUGGAAGGUGAAAACUUGACCAAGGAACAGUUGGCGAAUGAAAUUCAAAAAAUAAAGCAAGCACAUGCUGAUGAUGAGGAAUUUCCAGAUGAAGUGGAUACACCAUUAGACAUUCCAGCAAGAAAACGUUUUGCAAAGUAUAGAGGCCUCAAGUCCUUUAGGACCUCUACAUGGGAUCCCAAAGAGUCUUUGCCUCUAGAGUAUGCCAGAAUCUUUGCAUUUGAUAAUUUCAACAGAACACAGAAAAACGUCCUUGCUAAAGCUUUAGAUAUGGAGCAACAAAACAGGGAUGACUGCGCCACUGCUAGCUCAUAUGCAAGGCUGUAUAUCAAAGAUGUGCCAACUAGUGUUGCUUCUAAAUUAUGUAAUCAGGCAAAGACAAUGCCUGUUACAGCAUGCGGUCUUUUGCAGCAUGAGUCCAAGAUGUCUGUACUACAUUUCAGCGUAAAGAAGCAUGACUCGUACAGUGCUCCUAUCAAAGCCAAAGACGAAUUAAUAUUUCAUGUUGGGUUUCGCCAAUUUAUUGCUAGGCCAAUAUAUUCUACUGACAACAUGAAUUCAGAUAAGCACAAAAUGGAGAGGUUUCUUCAUGCAGGCCGUUUUUCCAUGGCUUCAAUUUAUGCUCCGAUCUCCUUUCCUCCUCUUCCUUUGAUAGCUUUGAGGAGUUCUGAGGGAGCAGGCACUGCACCUGCAGUUGCUGCUGUUGGUACACUGAAAAGCAUCGACCCUGACAGAAUUAUACUAAAGAAGAUUACUUUAACUGGUUACCCUCAACGAGUAUCAAAACUAAAAGCUUCUGUAAGGUAUAUGUUCCAUAAUCCAGAGGACGUGAAAUGGUUCAAGCCUGUGGAAGUGUGGACCAAAUGUGGUCGUCGGGGUCGCAUCAAGGAGCCUCUUGGUACACACGGGGCAUUGAAAUGCAUCUUCAAUGGGGUCCUCCAGCAGCAUGACACAGUAUGCAUGAGCUUGUACAAGCGUUCGUAUCCAAAGUGGCCUGACCACCGGUUCCCCAUUCUUGAUGCUUGAUCAAAUAGUGUCCGGCCGGCCAUGCGACACUUACCCUUACAGUGCUUCCCAAUUCUUGACGCUUGAGAAGAUAGUGUCUUGGACGCCUGACUUUUUCUUGCAGUGAUUUGCUUUCAAACACACAAGAAAGUCGUGUCUUGUAUGGGAAUGAAGCUCUGGUUCAGAUUGUUGGUUCCAAUUUUCAUUUUUGCUCUGCUAGGACACCCGAACUUUGAGUGCCGAAGGCUUGAUUGUAAAAUACCUGUUAUUCUUCUCUAUAUUCUUUUCUUCUUUUUUCGGUUACUUUUUUAGAACACAAAAUUUCUUAGUAGUGUAGUGAGGGGUGACCGUUUGCUCCUGUUGCGUGAA